AUGGAGGAGGCCGGCAGGUUGCUUUCCACGAUCGAGCUUGAUGACUUCACGAUCAAAGAGGUUCAGAACGGACGGGAGACGGUCGAGAAGUCCAGCACUGUGUGGCAUCUCAUCUCUGAGCUGCUGCAGGCUCUUGGACAGCCGAAGCUCGUCCAGAAACGCCUGGAGUACAUCGCCUUGCGCCACAUGAACGCGGACAUCACCACGGCCGACAUCGAGGUGUUCCGCAACAUCCUGUUUGAAGUUUGUGCCUCGAAGCUUGGUGGGUUGAUGACUCCAGAGUUUCAGUUUGGCCUGGGCCAGAUCGUCGUCGCUGUGGGGACCUCCUUGGCUAAGACCCACGAGCACUAUGCUUCACGCCUGAAGCUGUUGACGUCAUGCUGGAAGGAGGUGAACUGCAACGAAGACGAGGUCGCCCAGGAGCAUGCAGAAACACCACCACAGGGAAGCGCAGACGAACAGGAGAAGCCUCGGGAGGAAGCCGAGAAGAUGCAGGAGGUGAAGGUGGAAAAAGACCCGGAGAAGGGAGACCAGGAGCAGGGCGAACAGGAGGCACAUGGAGGUUGGCAAGACAACUCUAACAUGAACAUUCCAAAGACUUUCGCAGCUAUGGCUCGCUUCAAUGCCGCCGUGAUGGCCACCGGAGACCGCAUGUGGUUUGCCGAUAUGCUUUAUGCCAUGGAAUCCCUCGUUCCCUACAUAGGGAACAUCGAUCGGGUGCAGGAGGAUUGUGAUGUGCUGACCCUGACCUUGGCGAAGUAUGACCAGGUGAAUCUCAAGGAGUUCCGCUCCCUAAUGUUUGCAAGCCUGCGGUCUCUUCUGCCCACGAAGUGGUGCUUGGACGACGAGAAUGCCUGGACCUGGUUCUGGGGAAUCGUGGAGAAGAAGGUGGAGGAGAACAAGCAGCUCCCCGUGCGCAACCACCAGUGCUUGAGGACUUUUCUGGCUCGCAUGGACGAGGGGACCCCAAAGCUACGUCCCAAACUCGAAAAAUGUUUUUACAGCAUUCAUAUCUAUGUCACAGUCAUUACCUACGCUACUGUCGUUGGCUCAAGUACAAAAAGGAUUGCGUGCUUUCCGCUGUUAACAAUAGGUUAUCAGCCGUAG